AUGGGGGAGAAGGUGACAGUUAGCAUAAGGGAAUCGAGCAUGGUGAAGCCAGCCGAGGAGUCGACACCUCGGGGCUCCCUAUGGCUCUCCAACUUGGACCUAGUGUUCCCGCCCUUUCACACGCCCAGUGUUUAUUUUUACAGACCAAGCUGUGGUCAUGAGCACAAUUUCUUCGACCCGGAAGCGCUCAAGCAGGCACUCAUCAAGGCCCUCGUGCCCUUCUACCCUAUGGCCGGCCGCCUCAAGCUCAACGACCAGAAUGGCCGUUUGGAGGUUGAUUGCAAUGCGGAGGGAGUGCUCUUUGUUGUAGCGGAGAGCUUCUCUACCGUCGAUGAUUUCGGCGAUUUUGCACCCUCUCCCAAUUUCCUUCCGCUAAUCCCCCGCAUUGAUUAUGCUGCGGGCAUAUCCUCAUAUCCCAUUUUGGUGUUACAGGUGACCUACUUCAAAUGUGGUGGAGUGUCACUUGGUGUUGCAAUCGAACACCGCAUUGCAGAUGGAGUUUCUGGUCUCCAUUUUGUAAAUACAUGGUCUAGUAUUGCUCGUGGGGAUCUCUCAAAUAUUACACCACCCUUUAUGGACAGGACAUUACUUCGUGCCCGUGACUCGCCUCAGCCUGAAUUCCCCCACACCGAAUACGAUCCUUUUCCAGAAAUGAAAUCAGCUUCUGAUGAGCAUCUGCAAACCACAAGUAAUAUUACUACGUCCCUUUUUAGAUUCACGCAGGAGCAGCUCAGUCUCUUGAAAGCCAAGUCUAAGGAAACCGGAGACGGCCAGAAUACUAAUACAGUCAACUAUACAACAUUUGAGAUGUUGGCAUGUCAUAUUUGGAGAUGUGUUUGCAAGGCACGUAAACUUCCGGAUGAUCAAGACACCAAGCUAUUCAUUCCAAUUGAUGGACGGAACAGAUUGCGACCCCCACUCCCACCUGGUUUCUUCGGCAACGCCCUUUUCAGAACCACACCAAUAGCUGCAGCAGGAGAUCUCCAAUCGAAACCAGCUUGGUAUGCUGCAAGCUGUGUUCGCAGUGCUUUGGUGCGGAGGGACGAUGAUUAUCUUCGAUCAGUCCUUGACUAUCUUGAGCUUCAUCUUCCUUGUAAUCCCCAACUUGUUACGGGGGUUCCAACGAUUCAGUGCCCAAAUCUUUCGAUAAACAGUUGGAUCAAGCUGCCGAUUCAUGAUGCUGAUUUUGGUUGGGGUCAACCCAUUUUCAUGGGGCCUGGCCGCCCAUUUGUGUUGGACGGGAGGUGUUGUUACCAAGUACAACUAAUGAUGGGAGUAUAUCAAUUAUCCUUUGUCUGCAAUCUGAGCACAUGAAAUUAUUUUCCAAAUUGUUGUAUGACAUAUAAUUAGGAAAUG